AUGCGAAGAAUAAAAAGAGAUGAAUCUGGAGAUUCAUUCGUAGACACUAUACUUGGCGAUAAUAACGUGACGGAACCACGCGAAGUGAUUAGCCUUCAAGUUUCUAGAGUUGUUCGUGGGAAUGCGGCAAACACAUCACUAGGGAUUACGCACCAAGGAACUCUUGGGAGUUCACAUCGUCGCUGUGAUAGUAAUUAUAGCGAAAAAAGCGGUACUAGUAAUAAUGAAGAUAACCAUGAGACGGAGGAAAAUAUGAGUAAUAAUCCAGUUUCAUUUUAUUCUAGAGAGAUUCUUCGCUCUCUUUUUGGUUACGCUCUUAUAUUUAUUAAUUUUACCUUUAUUGUAGCAUCAAUGUUAUUAAUCAUGUCCGGUAUUGUUGCUCGUGGGAAUGUAGCUGUUCGUCUCUGUGGGCCUUGUAGUCGUAUCGCUUGGUGUGCCCUUAUUUUAGGAAUCAUUCUAUGGCUUUUUACUAUAUUUGGGUUUAUAUGGAUACGAAAACGACAAAUGGUGUUUUUGUUAGUUUAUGUUGCCCUUCUCGUUAUUUUGUUCAUAGCACUAAUUGUCCUUAUUAUUAUUGCUGGUAUAUAUGAUCGAGAUGUCAGAGUUAGUGUAAUGGACCCCAGUUUAUUUCUUUACUCAUGGGAACGUGGUGUAAAUGAUACAAAAAAUAAAAAAAAUUAUGAUAUUUGCUUUUUACAAGAAAGAUUUAAUUGUUCUGGAUUUCACUUUGGUUGUUGUGUCCCUGAGCUUUGCUAUAACGCAAGUGAACCACCAGAAUGGGUGGAACAGGUGUGCCCAAUUUGUCCAUCUUUUCCUCCAAUGUCUCCAGUGGUUUGUACUGGUGUUGUCUACUCUACCGUUCGUAAAAAUAUGGGUGGUUUUUUAGUUAUUAUUUUCUUUUCCAUGAUACUUGUAGUGGCUGGAGUUCUCUUUGCCUUUCUUUCAAGAAGUGCGAACCGUUUAAUGUCAGCAGGUGAGGCAUGA